GAUGUACAUGUACAUGAUGUAUACGGCGCAUGCCUGCACGUCCAUCAAUCAUUCAUUGUGAAAGAUUACAAUUCCAAGGUAAACACAGGCGAUACAGCCAUGAUACAGCAGUUUUUGGUUGUGUAUAAAUAGACGUGCAGACCCAUAGAGCCUUGCUCUAGAUCUGUGCAUGACUUGUGAGAGUCGAUCAGUGAGAGUUAUUAAGAUUGUCAAGCGUCUGACGUUGGCGUUCGGAUCGGAAGUGCACUAUUCUUCCAAGUAUUUUUAUAUAGGCCUAGCUCCAACUUUCAAGGCCAGCAUCAAGCACACUUGCUAAUUGCUUCAGCUCAUCAACAGCAAAGAUCCUAACGCCGCGCACCAUCAACUAUGGGUCUCCUGAGUCUCGGCAAGCCUCUGUCGUGGGAAGAAAUCAAGGCCAACGGUUACGACGAACACAUCCGUCGCCAUGGACUCAUCCAGUUUGUCAGUCUUUACAACAAGCUGAAAGACCGGCCAUGUGACGUGCUCAAAUGGGGGGACGAGGUUGAGUACAUGCUGGUCAAGUUGGAUCAUGAGAACAAGUCGGCUAAGCUUUUACUCAAAGCAGAAGAGAUUCUCCCCACGCUGCAAGAACAGGAAGAGAACAAUCCAAAGGGCGAUUUGAAAACUCUCUGGCGGCCCGAGUACGCAGCCUACAUGGUGGAAGGCACACCGGGCAAGCCUUACGGGGGAUUAAUGGCACAUCUCAACACCGUAGAAGCUAAUAUGAAAUUCAGGAGGCAAGAAGUGGAAAAGCUACUGGACACAGCUAAAGGGGAGACAGCCCUCAGCUUGACUGCAUUCCCCAGACUGGGAUGUCCCAGUUUUUCCACACCGUCGUACAAGCCCAACCCUAGCGACGAAGGCGUCUCCAAGUCACUAUUCAUUCCCGACGAAGUGAUUUACCCAGGACAUCCGCGGUUCAGGAGCUUGACAAAGAAUAUACGGAAGAGACGAGGCGAGAAAGUAGCUAUCAACAUUCCAAUUUUCAAAGACAAGAACACUCCGACUCCCUUCGUAGAGGAGUUCGUAAACGACCACGAUGGUGAGGGCGCUAGAGCAGCCAAGCCGGACCAUGUGUACAUGGACUGCAUGGGGUUUGGCAUGGGCAACAGCUGUCUUCAGAUGACAUUCCAAGCGUGCCAUAUCAAUGAGGCGCGACACCUGUACGAUCAGCUUACGCCACUGUGCCCGAUAAUUUUGGCAUUGAGUGCAGCUUCCCCUAUCUACAAGGGUUACCUCACGGACCACGACUGUCGAUGGAAUGUCAUUGCAGGUUCGGUAGAUGACAGAACACCAGAAGAGAGGAACUUAGAGCCAUUAAAGAACAACAAGUUUGUUAUCCCCAAGUCGCGCUACGACUCCAUCGACAGCUACCUGUCGCCCAACGGGGAGCGAUACAGCGACAUUGACCUGGUACUGGAUGAGAGAGAUUGCCAGGAGCUCAUGGAUAAAGGUAUUGAUCGUCAGUUGGCUCGGCACAUAGCCCAUCUCUUCAUCCGGGAUCCCGUGUCCGUCUUCGCUGAGAUGAUUGACCAGGAUGACUCUAAGGACUCGGAUCACUUUGAGAACAUUCAGUCCACCAACUGGCAGACGAUGAGGUUCAAGCCGCCACCGGUCAACUCCAACAUCGGCUGGAGGGUGGAAUUCCGACCGAUUGAGGUCCAGCUGACAGACUUUGAGAACGCAGCCUUUGUGGUCUUUGUAGUUCUGCUGACCCGCACGAUACUGACCUUCAAGCUGAACUUGCUGAUGCAGUUAUCAAAGGUGGACCUCAACAUGCAGCAAGCACAGAAACGCAAUGCUAUCCUCAACUCCAAGUUUUACUUCCGUAAAGACCUACAAUCUUGUGCCUGCGACUGCCCAAUUGAGAACGAGCAAUGCCUUAUGAGCAUCAACACCAUCAUCAACGGAGGUCCGCUGGGGGACGGCCAGGGGGACUUCCCCGGCCUGAUCCCCCUUAUCAACCAGUACCUGGCAAGUGUGGAAACAGACCUGGAUACGAGGUGUACCAUCAUGUGUUACCUGAAGCUCAUCUCGGAUAGGGCGUCCGGAAAACUUCAGACAUUGGCCGCUUGGAUACGGGAUUUCGUCGACAGUCACCCAGAGUACAAACACGACUCCGUCGUCACAGACAGAAUCAACUACGACCUGGUCACGGCCUGCGACCAAAUCACGAAGGGUCAGAUGACGGCCCCUGAGCUGUUCCACUGCACGGAGUCCAAAUCCUCCAAUGACAUCCCCAACUCGGUCAAGGUUGCCCAGGAGAUUGUGUAGCGCCCUCGCUUGGCAGGCUGGAUGAGCAGUAGCGCCCUCUAGUGAUCAGUUACAACCACUGCCUUGUGGAAGGGCAUUGGUGACUGUUUAACUCUCAAAAUUGUGCGAAGGAAAUGCAGAGGAUUGUGGGUAAUUACCGCCAUGAUCUAGCAUUUACAUUCGGUAUGCUGAGGGAAUUGUUGACCCAGGGUUACGUGUGAUAAACAAAAUCUGUCCAAUGAGAGUUCACAGAAAAAUAGAUAUCACCAGGGCCUUUAACCUAUUAGCAUGUGGGUUCAAUUUCAUAGCGCUGCUAAGCACACAAUUUUCUGUUAACAGAACCUUUGACUAUUUCAUGGAGACCGUGACCAGUAAGCAGUGAGCUUACAAAAAGCACGCUUACCUCAGAGGAAAAAUGUGACCUGCCAUAUCAUAAUGAGGAAUAACCCCCACCUGUGACUUUUCAAGUUA